UCCAUUCCAGUUUCUAUAGCAAAUAGGAAGCUACAACUCGAUUGGAUUAAAAACAGAAAGCUCAACAAAUACAUUUUUAUUUGAGUUGGCAGUUUUUCUAUAGCCAUGUAGCUAGCUAUUAAAAAAAAAUGAAAUAAGAAAUAAGCUGGCAGAAGAGGAGAGCAUCGAGAAGGACGUCAUUUUCUAAUACAUUUCGAAAUGGCUUCUCCGUCCACAUUAACUGAUUACUCAGAAGUCCUUAAGAAAAAUAAAAUUGUGGGAAGAAAUGUCUUAGCCUUCACAAUUGAUGAUUUUUUAUCUAAGCAAGAAUGCCAAGAACUGAUCGAUCUGACAGAAAAGAAAGGUUAUGAGACAGCAUUAUUGAACGUUGGAAAUGGAAAACAAAUUUUGUCAUCUCAUCGCCAAAGUGAUCGAUGUAUUAUUGAUGAUUCUGAUAUGGCAAAGCAUUUUUUUAAAAAGGUUAAAGACUUCCUGCCUCAAGAAAUAAAUGGUUACAAGGUUUUAGGAUUAAACGAGCGCAUGCGGUUUUUGCGCUAUGAUAAAGGAGAUUAUUUUAAGCCACAUUUGGACGGUAAUUAUGUCAGAGAUGCAACUGAAAAGAGCAUGGUUACGUUUUUUUUAUUUCUAAAUGAAGAAUUUUCAGGUGGUGCGUGUACAUUUGUACAUUAUGAUGAUGAAACUAAAAACGUUCCAUGCCCUGCAAAAACUGGUAGACUUCUUGUGUUUGAACACAGAAUAUAUCACGAAGGUUCUCUAUUGGUAGAAGGACGGAAAUAUGCUGUACGUUCAGACGUAAUGUACAAGAAAAAGAAAACCUUUUUUUGAACAAUUCAUAUAUACAAAUGUUAGGUUAAACAAGAGUAAAACUACAAAUUAUUUGCAACUUAAAGUUUCUUGCAACGCAUUCGCCAGGCAAAUGGUUUACAUACAGUUUUGAACUACAUUUUAUGAAAACUUAGUUCAAUACAAUAAUUAUCAGAAUAAAUUACUUUUAUAAAGGAUUUAUUUUAUCACAAUAAAUACUAUAUAUUUAAAUACUUUGCGUGUGAAUUUAUUUUUAGAAUGGCAUUUACUUAUAAGGUCAUUUAGUAGUCCCAUGGGUUCGCAUGUACAAUGAUUAUCUUCUCCGUUAAACAUAAAUAACAUGAUUUCCAUUUCAGUAUGGGGAAGCACGGGGUAGGUCAUAUGCUUAAUUCUCAUCCUUAAGGCUCCAGAUUAAUUUUGAUAAUGCUGUUUCAUUUCUGGGUUUUUUUAUAGAGUAACAUAUAUACAACAUUUUUUAAUUACUUUAAAAAUGGCAACGAGAAUUUGUUUCUGUGAUGGCACUUGCUGAUUAACUCUGCUCUUUUAUUUAUUGAGUAGAGACUCGAAGCUUACGUCCCAUAAGAAAAUCUUAAAAUCUUUAUAACAUAUUAGAUCCAGAAUUUUACUGACUUUUGUUGAUAUGCACAAAAAAACUUGCUCUGUGUGAUUCUCCUUAAAAUUUCAAACAUUUCACAGACAAGCAGUUUAUUGAUGUCAAAAUAACUUGAUGUUUGCUGCUUUGCAUACAAGUUUUUUCAAGAUUGUGAUAAAAAUUAGAUCCAAAUAGCUUGUUUGAUCAGAUUGUUUCAUCAAGUACUUUCUUAUCAGUGUAAAUCAGACAAAAAAGAGGUAUUCUUUCUUAAAAACUGAUGUUUUAGGAGUAUUUAGGAAUAAGUUGUUGAAUUUAAUCAAAUUGGACAACUAGUCAAUUCUAGCAUAUAUUAGAGCUGAAGAAUAACGUUUCUAAGGGAAUAAAGUUUCUAAAAAUGUCUACAACAACAUGCUGUAUAUUGCGUAUUCUAUUCAAAUCAGUUUAUUUGUUUGUUCUAAAUAACUCUCAGAGACAAAAAUUGUAAAAUAUUGUCCAAUCAUUAUUUGUCUAUGUAUAUGUUAUACCAGUGAUAUAUGAUGUGAAGAAACAAACUAAUUAUUUAUAUUAUAAAUUUUAAUGUACAUGUACACAUUUUUUUUUAUUAAGUUAUCAGUAAAAUCUGA